AUGCCUCUGAAAAUUCUUAUCAACGGUGCUGGCAUCGCCGGCACGGCCCUCGCCAACUUCCUCGUGCGGUCCAAACAAGGUCACGACAUCACUAUAGUCGAGAGAGCAUCCGAGUUCCGUACCGGUGGGACCCAGCUUGAUUUGAAGUCAUACGGUGCCCCGCUGAUGAAAAGGCUGGGACUGAUCGAUGCGGUCCGAGCAAGGAGCAUACACGAGACAGCUAUGACUUUCGUUGACACGAAAGGCAGAGAGUGGGCGAGAUUCAACAUCAACGAAGCCGGUAAAGGAUACAAAGCAGUGACGAGCGAAUAUGAGAUCAUGCGGGCGGACCUGGUAGCGGUGUUGUAUGAGGGGAGCAAAGCCAUCGUUACAAAAACCUCUGGAAAAGAGUCGCCGAGGCUGCGGUACCUUUUCGGAAAGCAUGCGAUUGAGCUUACGCAGCUUGACUCCUCCAGGGUCCACGUCGUAUUCUCAGACGGCUCUUCAGACGAGUACGAUGUUGUUGUCGGUGCGGAUGGCCAGAACUCCCUGACGCGGCGUAUCCUAUGGGAGCCCAAGAAGGACUGCGAUUCCACGCUCAGGGAUACGGGCUACUCGGUUGCGUACUUUCAUAUGCCAAAAUCAGAGGAAGAGCUCAACAGUACCGUGUUCAAAAGCUGUCUUCUACCAGGGCUCAAGGUGCUGUCGCUUCGCUGCGCGCACAAGGACUUUACACAAGCCAUGCUUACGGUAUCCACUACAGAGGAGUUAAAGGAGCUGGUUAAACAGCCGGUUGAGAAACAGAAAGACCUAUGGGAAACUGUAUAUAAGGAUUUCGGAUGGGAAAGCAAACGAGUACUUGCCGAGAUGCGGACUACUGAUGACUUCUAUUCCACCUCGGUUGCUCAGGUCAAAGUGGACACAUGGUCCAAAGGGCGAGUUGUUCUGCUGGGCGAUGCCGGAUACUGCCCGAGUGUUUUAACUGGGCUUGGAACCACGGCAUCACUCGUCGGAGCAUACGUGCUUGCGGGCGAACUCGCGAGACAUGGAGACAACGUCGGCGCAGCGCUAGAAUCUUAUGAAACGGUGCUACGACCUUACGUGGAAAAAGUUCAGCAACUUCCUCCCAUGAAUCUCGCCAUCUUUCGUUCCAAGCUCGGAUUAAAUAUAUCUUACUUUGUCCUGGCAAUUCUGUCGAAGCUUAAGAUAGAUAGCCUAGUCAAUGCGCUGACGAAGGAAAAGAAGGAAACCUGGCAGCUCCCAGAGUAUCCGGAGCUGGAAUUGGAGGAUUGA